CCAAACGAUGUCCAAAGCAAAAUCGCACUGCAAGAAAACAGAAAAGGAUCAAUCACCAGGCAGCUGGUUUAGCAUUGAUGCAUUCUAAUGAUUUUAGUAAGAAUGAAUCGUUCAAAACAGACAUUGUAAACAAGUUUUCAUCUGAUGAAGUAUCAUUUGUUGCAAGACAUGAUGAGCUGAUAGUAAGGUUUGGAGAAAAGCUGUAUAGUAAACAUUCGCAGCAGCCACAUCAGCAUCAAUACGUAAGACAGAAAAUGAGAGAAGUGGCUCGUCUACUUAUGAAUGCAAGAAAAUCUGAUGGAAACAUUCACAACUUGAUGGACUGUGUUGAUCCUGUAAAGUUUCCAUCUAUUGUUGAGGCAGUAAAAGUAACAUGUGGUUUUGAUGGAAAUGGCAAAUACAAAGUUCCAUCACUGGCUCUUAAGAUUGGACACUCAUUGAGAAAAUGUGCCAAUAUUUUGAAAAACCAAAGUCUUGUUACAAGGAACUCAAAUUUGAAGGAGAAAGCCAAUAGUUUCUUAGAACUUUGUGAUGGUGAAUGGGCUGCUGAGGUUUCUAGUGCUGCGCUGCAGAAUUUACAUGCGGAAACCUUCAACAAACCAAAUAAAAUACCAAUGGCAGAAGAUUUGAAGAAGCUACAUGAUUAUCUUAAAGCACAAGCAGACACACUGCAAAAAUCACUGACAGAGUUUGCGGACAAAGACCACUGGAGAGAACUUGCCAAUGUGACGCUUGCACAGAUUGUUCUUUUCAAUAGAAGAAGGGGUGGUGAGGCAGAACGCUUGGAAGUUUCCCAGUAUUUGAAAGGAACCCAACAAUCAGUGAAGAUGCAGGCAGAAGUGGCCAGUUGCCUGUCGCCAUUUGAAAGGCAGCUUGCUGAAAAUAUGAAAAGAAUUGAAAUCAGAGGAAAACGUGGUCGACGUGUACCAGUCUUACUUACAGAUAAACUUCACCAGCAAAUGGAAAUUCUUAUGAAAACAAGAGAAGUAGUUGGAAUCAGCACUAGGAACAUUUAUGUAUUCGCAAGAUUCGGAGAUGCUGAAUUUCCGCUUAGAAGUUCUGAUGUGCUGAGAAAAUUUGCUUUGGAAUGUGGUGCAAAUAACCCAGAACUCAUCACUUCCACUUCUCUUCGGAAACAUGUGGCCACAAUUUCUCAGAUACUCAACCUCAAAGACAAUGAGUUGGAUCAAUUAGCCAACUUUCUUGGUCAUGAUGUGAGAAUCCAUAGGGAAUUCUACAGAUUACCAGAGGAUACUAUUCAACUUGCUAAAAUUAGCAAGCUUCUUGUUGAGUUAGAGAGUGGAAAAAUUCAAAACCAUGAGGGAAAAACUCUGGAUGAGAUUCAUCCAGAUGUUGAAGAUCUUCAAGUAGAAAUCCCGAGCGCCGAGUCCUCAGCUGAUGGAGAGACAGAUGGAGUUCCAUCGAGAAAAGAUCUUCAAGUAGAAAUCCCGAGCGCCGAGUCCUCAGCUGAUGGAGAGACAGAUGGAGUUCCAUCGAGAAAAGUCACUUGUAAGAAGAAAAGCACUAAAAGGACCAUGUGGUCGGAGGAGGAAAAAAAGGCUGUCCAUCAAUUCCUGGGAAAGUUCUUCGUGAGUGCCAAACUCCCGGGGAAGGCACUAUGCCUUGAAGCUAAGAGCAAAGCGGCAGUGCUGAGCCAUCGUCCAUGGCAACAAAUCAAAUUCUAUAUUAAAAACCAUAAAGUGGUGUGAGAUUCACAAUACAUUCAACAAUUGGACAACCCAGUUUGAUUGAACUUCGAUGACAUAAGACAAUACAUUUUAUUGUGUGUAACACAUUAUUCAACAAGAAUUUCAGUCAAAUAUGUCAUAUUAAACCAUAGGAAGUGUUAUGUACAAAGGUGAUUACUUUGGCUCCAUAUUUUAUUGAAUCAUCCCCUUUUAUGCUUUUUCAACUCAUUGUACUUAUUUCUAGAACUAUCAUACAUCAGUCAUUAGGUUUUGGUAACAAUGGAGCUUGAUUAAAAUCUUUCCUUAA